AUCAAGCACGCGUGCGAGAGACUACAGACAGUAUUGACUCGCUUGUCAUACAGUAAUGGGUAAAAUCAAAAAAUCUCGUAAACGCAAUACAUUUAACUACAACAAAAACAAAAAGAAGCUGAAGAAGAAGUUAAGAAGAAAGGAGAAACCGCACAUUGAAUGUCCUCAGAUACGUAAAGCAUGGGAUGAGCACAAAACUGUAAAGCAAAAUCUACAAGAUAUGGGGCUGGCACCUGGGACCAAGGGUAUGCUUCCUAUUAAACCAAAGAAGAACACAAAAGUUGAACCAAUGGAGACAAAUGUACUGAAACCAUACGUCAUUGAAGAAAUGGAGGCAGAGGCCAGUGUUCGUGGGAAUGACCGAACCACAUGCUCUACCGACAUGAUCGAAUAUGUUCAACACAUGGUGAAGGAACACAAUGAGGAUUACAAGGCGAUGGCAAGGGAUGAGAAGAAUUACUACCAGGACACACCGAAGCAGAUCAAACGGAAAGUAGAAUUAUACAAACGCUGUCAUCCUGAGCAAUAUGCUGCAUUCAUUGCUUCUCUGCAAUCUCAGAAGUCUACAUGAUGCCACAGAAGAACUGGUCUUAAUAUGAUGCCAGAAUAUCACCUUAGCAUGUAUCAAGUUUGCAACAAAUGCUGUCUUAGGCCUUCAAGAUGGGUGUGUACAUUUUGUUUUCAUGGCAUUUUUUCGAGGAUAGUUAACUUUUUAAAAGAUCUUUUGAGCAACUUGUUGAUGUAUAUAUGAGCUUAGCGUUUGCAGUUUUAUGUUGUGAAGUGAAAUACAAACAUAUAAAAAACAAAACUGAAAAUUA